AAAAUUCCUGAAUCAGCGGUUAAAUUCUUAGAAAAUAUGGAUAAUUUUAGCCAUUCGUUUAAGGCCAAACCACGGAAGAACAUAAACCUCGGGCUUUCGCAUACUGCUUCAAUCCGUUCGAGCACUUCUCGGAAGCCAUGGGAGGCUUCACGAACUAGUUUAGACUGACUCGAUCUUAAAAAGUACUCCAAAGCAGCCUCAAGCGGCUCUUUUGUUAAGGAAAAUUCAGUAACGAGGAUCAACAAAAUCAAUGAUGAUCUUGACCCGAGAGGUACGGAAUCAGGCGAGAAUUCUCACAGGUCGGCCCAAAAUACUCGAGUUUGAGACCUUGAGAAGGAGCUUAAUAGAGUCAUGCUCAAAUUUGACCAGGAACGGAAAUAUUUUCUACAAAAAAUUGAAUUAAUGGACAUGAAGCUGAAAGAAGCCCAAGAAAGAGAGCAGAGUAUUGAAAAGCUGCACAAUACUAUGAUGAAAGCCCUUAAAGAAGACAAUGCUUCUGAGAAGGAGAAUCAGUUUGUGAAACAAUUUGAGUUCCUCUCUGAUCAGCAUAAGCGAGAGCUUGCUGAUGCUGAGAAAACUUAUGAAUUUCAGUUAGGACAUCUGAAUCAAAAAUAAUAACGAGCUUCAGGAGAAAUGUACUAACCUUACUGAAUCAUGCUCAAGCAUGCAGAAGGAAAUCAAGAGGAUUAUUACUGAGAACACAGAGCUAGAGAAACAAAUCCUUAUCCUAAAGAAGGACCAGGAGAUCGAGAAACGUGUGGAAAUUGAGAAAUUCGUCAAGCAAACCUCUGUAGAUCGAGAGAACAUUGAGACCAAGUGUAAGAUAGAACUUGAUAAGAUCAAUGAAGAUUUCAAGACCAAGGAAGAGCGUCUAAUGGAGCAACUUUCUCAAGCUAACCAGGAGAUUGAGCUGUUGAGGAAGGAUUCUUCUGAUAAAGCUCAGAAUAAUAUAAUAAUGAGCUCUGAAAAGUUUACAAGGAUGAGCAAGGAAAAUGACCGAUUGAAAAAGGAGAAUGCAAGGCUAAAGCGUCACUCCAAAACCUUUGAGAAGCAAAUAGAUCAGAUGAAGAAUGCACCAGUACAAUUUAUGAACCUUGCUGAAGAGGAAGAAAGCCUUGUCUCUGUUCUCAAGCUCAACCAUAAACUUGAGAAGAGGCUCUCACAAAAAGAUGACGAGAUUGAGGAAAUGGCUCAGAAUUUUAACAAUGCACUAACUGGGGAAAGCAAAAAGGUUGAAAGCUUGAAAGAAAAAUUGUCAAAGAACAGAGAUAAGUAUGAAGAAAGAAGGGGGAAACUGCUUAAAACUAUUGCAGCCCAAGAAGAUCAAAUAGAACAACUGAAGAGAAAAUUUAAAGAUGCUAGUUCUAAGGCAAGCACUCCAUCUUCCAAACAAUGGGGAGAUCACAAUGGGCAAAAUUUUUCUAACACAGAGAUGACCCUUCUGAGAAUGUGACAGAAUAUGGUUGACUCUGCUAGCUCUAUGGAGUGCAGAAAAUGAAAUGUUUGCCUCGAACCAACAGCAUUUCAUGAGCAUAUUACUAAUAAAAAUGAAUGUCCUGGCAAUAAAACAGACGAUUAUGAUUUUACUAUGAGACUCGAAGAUGAUGUCUCCACAAUUCCCAAUACAGACAAAAAUAUGAAUCUUUACUCAAACAAAAGUUCAAAGAUGGAGCUGCUUAAUUUUGGUUUACACAGACCAAGAAGUGUGAGUAGGAAAGAUUUCCAAUUUGGUCCUUUUCAGAAUCCCCCUUCAACAUCAUUUGUGAGACAAUCAAUUAAUCCAACAGCUAGUUGUUUAAAUUUUGAAUCAAAUCUGAAUAACACUUGACAGAAUCCAAUGGCAAUGAGCAUGAGUAGGCCUGUGUGUCAAAGCGUGAUGAGAGGACUCAGUUGUAGUGGACAAUUUAAUCAAGGCUUUGGGAGCAUACUCGCCCAGCACAACCAAAUCAUGGCAUCUCAGACCGAUUUACAUCCCAGCCACACAGUGAGUAACGAAAGAGUUGUUGCAAAACUGGAGACUACGGAAAACAUGCUAAGAAAUAUGGAUCUAAAAGUUGACCAGAUCCAGAAAGAGAAGCAUGCUUAUGCUAAACAACUCAAAAAGCUAACCAAGAGGUUUAGCAACUCUGUCUCGACUAGCAGGGAUGGAUUGAUAUUUACAGCUCGAAGCCCAGGAUUCCCUUCUUCGAAGAAAGCUCAGAACAACAGAAACAUAGAUGACUCUCAAGUUAACCUACACCUAAGUGAUACUAAUGGAACACCGAAGUCUAAACCUAAGAUGAAGAAAAGCAACUCAAGAUAUCAGAAGGAGUCUAAACAAAGAGAACUUAGCAGAAAGGAAAGCCCCAGGUACACUAAAAUGUUUGGCAAAUAUGAACGUGAACAAGAGAUCAGUAUAAAUAGCAGUAUUGAAACAACCACAAAUAACUUCACAGCUGUCAAUACAAGCGGUGUUAAGCAUGCAGUAGCUGAUCUUGGAGAUGAUUCUAAUGACUAUACCGAGGAUAUGGACGAAUCAGUAGCUUUUUCUAAGCGCAUCUGCUCAGGUAAAGAGAACCAAGAGACUUUGAAGGAAUACUCUACUAAACACAGAGAAAGAGUAGUCUCUAAAAGACCAAAAAAGUUAGCUAAGACGAAUAGGAACGACUUAAGUAAUCAGCGAAAGAAAGUACAGAACUCUAGUUCUAUUUCAAAAAAUCCUAAAGGAAUGAGGAAAAUCUCAUAUUACGACAAAAGAAGGGGGUCAUACCUGAAAUAA